AUUCUGUUGAAGUAAUUGUUGUGGAGCAUCUCCUGUAGCAGGGGAAAGCAGAUGGAUUAUAUGGACUCUCGAGAGUGAAUGAAAAGAGUUGGGAUGGAAAACACAACUGCCCCAGCAUCCGCGCCAUGGGACAGAUCUCAGUGCCGCUCAGAAAAGCUGUGUUGUGGCGAACCACACUGUAAACCACCACCAGCAACCAGAAACCAACUAGCAGUGUAACCCAUGAAUGCAACAAAAUCAGCAGCACAGGUUAUUUUGUGAAAUGGAAAGCAGAGAAGGCUGUGGCAAGAGUUUUUUGUCCCUCCACUCCCCUGGCCUGGUUCCAGCUCAGCUGAAGGACCGUGUAGCAUCCAUGCAGCAAUGCAGAGCAGGGAGUCCGGAUGGGCAUGGAUCCUCAAUCCUCCAGUUUUCUUUCCUCCUGCUGGCUACCGGUGACCUCCAGGGUUUGGGUCACCACAAUUGCCAUGUCUCAGUCUUGCUAAUCCCUUCAGCGACAACCCGGGUGCUCUCGGACACUAAGCACGCCGUGAUUCCCAGGCACCGCACGAUUUUGCACUCAGCACCAUGUUUCCAAGCACCAGCAGUUGACCUGGUCCUCAUCUGCUGCAGCAUUCGUGCCCAUCAGUGGCAAGUGGAGGCAUGAUGAACGUGCAUUGCAUCUGAGAUGCCGCAAUGCGGCCACAUCAUCUCUCAGCCGCUGGAGUGAGGGGACAGUGUCGCUCAUCCAGUCGCUCCUGCCGUCCGGUGUGAUCCCAUGGCUGCCUGGACCCAACACUGCAUCACCACCCUGGAGUCAGUUCUCGAUUUCCUGCGGCAGACUCGGGACGGGGUAAUUGAUCAUGUGCAGUGACAGGACAGAGCCCUGCCAUCCCAACGAGCUAAUCUGACCACCCGCAUCAUCCAUGACACGAGCCAGCCAGCCAGCCAGCCAGCCAGGGAUCCACGCGAACGAGAAAAUCUGAGACAAGAUAGUCACAACACGUCAGCCAUUCGACCAAAUGAACGCGCGUAUCGCCGCAGUGUCUCUGGAUCUGGAGUCCGGUGACAUCACCUCCAUGUUCUUUACCUUGCCCACAGAAAGGUGCGUUGCAUGUUGGACAAGGCAGCCAGGCAGACGCGGUGUUUGCUGGCAAGGGUGGGGUCCCCAACACGGAGUGAGAAUUGCAGGGAGGUAGGGAGGUGGAGGGCGGACUUCUCUGAGGAGCAGUAUGUGGCACAGUCCUGGCAAGUGAGGAUCACAGGCGUUGUUCCAGGGAGCAGUGGCAGGAAACAGCUGAGGCUAUCGCGGAAGAGCCCAAAAGCAGGCUGAAGCAGUGAGUGAGUGAGUGAGCGCAAAGCAGAAUGCUGGAAAUGACGCGAAAAGGAAGACAGAUUUAGAGUUGGCCAGAAUGGGCGUGAAGAAGGGUAAAGCAGACUGAAGAUUGGGGUGAAUGAGGGUGACUUGAGAGUGACUUGAGGGUGCCAGGGGCCAAAUCUGGGUGGGGAAGGGUGAGCAAUGGGUGAGCAGCUAGGUGAGGUACCCG